UUGAGGAUGUGUUGGGUCAGAUAGCUGUCUCCUUUCUAUGUGCGGGGAGUUAAAAACUGGAAUCUGAGAUCCAUGCAGUGAUCAUUCAGUGGUUGGCAUGGUAGAGAACCUUUUCGGGUGCUUAUGCCCAUAAAUGUUUCUACAUGACCUUGUUAUGUGAGGCCUCAGAUACUGUUAGAAGUGGAAAUUAACAGAUUCUCCAUAAGCGGCACUGCAAUAUAUAUCAAUGCAAGCUUCAACAAACUACAAAGUAUUAAGUAAACAGCAUCAGUCAUACAAUCAAAACCUUGGGAGAGAUCCGGAAUCCCGUUUUAUGCCUCAAAAUUACCUAACUUCACAUUGUGACUCCUCUGCUGAUGGAUUCCAACAAGGGAACUCCCAUCAUCAGACAAUUCAUGACCAAUUCUACACUCUGGAGUCCUCCUCGGAAGCUGCGAAUUUUACCACUCAUAACUCUCCAUCUUCUCCUAGUUACUCCCCGAUCAGCAGGAGCCCCGCAUCUCAUCAAGAUUCUCAGUCAGAUAACAACUAUGACUCUCCCAUAAGCUAUUCAUGUAUUACCGAAGACUCAAAUGAUCUUAAGCAUAAGUUACGGGAGAUAGAGGCUGCAAUGCUUGGGCCUGAUUCAGAUAGCAUUGACAGCUUUGAGAAUGCUUACUCCAGCUAUAUCUCCUUGGAGCAAGAGAAGUGGCAACAAGUGAUGGGAACCCCUAGAGGAGACUUGAAACAGAUCCUAAUAGCCUGUGCUCGAGCUGUAGAAAACAAUGAUAUUCUUGUGGUUGAGUGGCUAAUUCCAAAGUUAAGGCAGAUGGUAUCAGUCUCUGGGGAACCAAUUCAACGUCUGGGAGCAUACUUGUUGGAAGGCCUCGUAGCUAAGCUGGCUUCCUCGGGAAGUUCCAUAUACAAGGCUUUGAAGUGUAAAGAACCCACUAGUUCAGACCUCCUCUCAUACAUGCACAUUCUUUAUGAUGUAUGCCCAUACUUCAAGUUUGGGUAUAUGUCUGCAAAUGGAGCAAUAGCUGAGGCUCUUAAGGGUGAGAACAUGGUUCAUAUUAUCGAUUUCCAGAUUGCCCAGGGAAGUCAAUGGGUAACUCUCAUUCAAGCUCUUGCAGCACGACCUGGUGGGCCUCCACGUGUAAGAAUAACAGGGAUUGAUGACUCUGUUUCUGCCUACGCCCGUGGUGGUGGGCUACAUAUUGUGGGGCAGAGGUUAUCUCGGCUUGCCAAGUCAUGCAAUGUGCCCUUCGAAUUCCAUGGCGCAGCUCUCUCAGGGUGUGAUUUAGAACUUGAGCAUCUUGACAUUCGACCUGGGGAGGCAUUGGCCGUUAACUUUGCUUUCCAACUGCAUCACAUGCCAGAUGAGAGUGUGAGCACAAGGAACUACCGAGAUAGACUUCUACAGAUGAUUAAGAGCUUGUCUCCAACAGUUGUUACUCUUGUGGAGCAGGAAUCAAACACAAACACUGCUCCAUUCUUUCCAAGAUUUUUAGAAACUGUAGACUACUAUGCUGCCAUCUUUGAGUCGAUAGAUGUGACUCUUCCAAGGGAGAACAAGGAAAGGAUCAACGUGGAGCAGCAUUGCCUAGCACGAGACAUAGUUAACAUCAUUGCAUGUGAGGGAGAUGAAAGGGUGGAGCGCCAUGAGCUUUUCGGGAAAUGGAGGUCGAGGUUUAUGAUGGCUGGAUUCAGGCCAUAUCCUCUGAGUCCUUUAGUGAAUGCAACAAUCAAGAUGCUUUUAGAGAACUACUGUGAGAACUAUCGUCUUGAAGAGAGAGACGGUGUGCUUUAUCUUGGAUGGAAGAAUAGAGCUUUGGUUGUCUCUUGUGCAUGGAAAUAAAGUGACAAGCUGCUCUUACAUCUUUGAUUUUUCCUCAGCCCCAUGUUACUCAAGAAACACCUGUAGGUUUUGCAGUAUCGUGAAUUAGGCCCUACCUUUUUGGGCAUAAUCGGAUUGUAAUUGACAACAUCGAUCAAGCUGUACAAGUCUUUAGAACUAAUUGUGCUCUGCUUAUAGGCACUUUUGCUGUGUUUACUUUCUGAGUGGCUGGAAAUGAAACGUCAUGCACUUCUACAUAUUGGUUGUUAGGCCUUUAUCAGAAAGUUCAUUUCAUUGUUCUCA